AGAGCGGAGUGGGGCUGCUGGAGCGGAAAGUGAAAACAAACGCAGACAUCUCGACACCGGACACCGGAGUGUCAUGCUUAAAACCGUCAACAAGAACCGUUUAACGAAACCGGAAACAGACCUUCUUUAACAGUUACAGCAGCACUGGCAACUGUGCUGACCCACGCCCCCCCCCUGCCCCCAUCCCCUGCCCUGCCUUUGGACUGAGGGUCAUCCAUCCAUCCCGCCACAGACUCACAGCCAGCUCAUCAUGGUGGAUGUGACCAAAUGGCCCAUUUUCAGCCUGAUGGGGCCCCAGGAGCUCUCCAAUAUACGGAAAGCCUGUGUAUUUGGAACGUCUGCUAAUGAGGCCAUCUACAUCAACAAUGAUGACGAGGUGUACGUGUUUGGCUUGAACUGCAGUAACUGCCUGGGCACAGGGGACAGCCUGAGCACCAUCGUACCCAAGAAGCUGGACUUCCUGAGCGGGAGGAAGGUGGUCAGCCUGAGCUACGGCAGCGGCCCCCACAUCCUGCUGGCCACAGAGGACGGAGAGCUAUUCGCCUGGGGUCAUAAUGGUUACAGCCAACUGGGAAACGGGACAACCAACCAAGGAGUCUCUCCAGUGCUGGUGUCGGCCAACCUGCUCAAUAAGAAGAUCACAGAGGUGUCGUGUGGCUCUCACCACUCGAUGGCGCUGACCGACUCAGGAGAAGUGUAUGCGUGGGGCUACAACAACUGUGGUCAAGUAGGUUCAGGCUCCACGGCCAACCAGCCCACUCCACGCAGAGUGUCGAGCUGCCUGCAGAACAAAGUGGCAAUCAGCAUCGUCUGCGGUCAGACCUCAUCCACAGCAGUGGUGGACAACGGAGAGGUGUACGGCUGGGGCUACAACGGGAACGGACAACUUGGACUUGGAAACAACGGAAACCAGCUCACUCCCUGUCGCCUCGCUGCUCUGCAGGGUUUAUGUGUGCAACAGAUCGUCUCGGGUUACGCUCACUCUCUUGCUCUAACUGACGAGGGAUUGCUUUACGCCUGGGGUGCCAACACAUACGGACAACUAGGCACGGGAAACAAGAGCAACCAGCUGAGUCCAAUCCAGAUCAUGGCGGAGAAAGAGAGGAUCGUGGAGAUCGCCGCCUGUCACUCCACGCACACGUCGGCUGCUAAGACCCAGAGUGGGCAGGUGUACAUGUGGGGCCAGUGCAGGGGCCAGUCCAUCGUGCUGCCCCACCUCACACACUUUACCUGCACCGACGAUGUCUUUGCAUGCUUCGCCACGCCCUCGGUCAUGUGGAGGCUUCUUUCCAUGGAGCACGAUGACUUCUUGACCGUGGCUCAGUCUCUGAAGAAAGAGUUUGACAACCCGGAGACAGCGGACCUCAAGUUCUGCGUGGACGGCAAAUAUAUCUGCGUCCACAAAGCGAUUCUCAAAAUCAGGUGUGAACACUUCAGGUCCAUGUUCCAGUCUCACUGGAACGAAGACAUGAAGGAGGUGAUUGAGAUCGACCAGUUCUCCUACCCGGUGUACCGCUCCUUCCUGGAGUUCCUUUACACCGACGACGUGGAGCUGCCCCCCGAGGACGCCAUCGGGCUGUUGGAUUUAGCCACGUCGUAUUGUGAGAACCGCCUGAAACGGCUGUGUCAGCAUAUUAUAAAGAGAGGAAUCACCGUGGACAACGCCUUCUCGCUGCUGUCCGCUGCUGUGCGCUAUGACGCAGAGGACCUGGAAGACUUCUGCUUUAAAUUCUGUGUCAACCACCUGACUGAAGUCACACAGACCACGGCUUUCUGGCAGAUCGAUGGCAACCUGCUCAAAGAUUUCAUAUGUCGAGCCAGCCGCUGUGGAGCCUUCAAAAACUGACUCCAAGCUGAUUGGUUAAAAAAGCCUAAGAGAUAAAAACGCUGCACUGAGUGGUGACUAAAGGACUCCAUCACUCCCAGUGGACUCCACAGCCCCUGGUCACAUGGUGGAAACCUUCAGACUGAUGCCAUCACUGUCACAAGCUAUUAUCAUGUCAUUCCAGACCACACCAGGAGGUGGAGCUCACGCGUAGCAGCAUCAUAAAACACAGUGCCUGACCAGCUGAAUGAACUCUCGCUCCUUGGAGUGGUUGUUUUCUAUGAACUUCAAGGAUGAUUUGCCAGUUACCUGAUAUCACUUUUACUUUUUUUUUUCUAUUGUUUUGUUGACUUGACCAAGUUACUUCUUCAGUUUUUUUUUUGCACUUGUGUGAAACAUACUGAACAUGAUUUGUGUUUCUUUUAAGCGAUAGGGUCACAGCUUGAUGUGCCAUGUGGAAUCAAGGUUUUCACUUUAAAGGACUUUUGGCACUUGUAGAUGUAGCGACAAACCUUAAAAUGAUUUUGACGUACAAAGACGAUAGAUUUAAGAAUUUAUCAAACAUGUUUACUCCAGGAAGUUAAUUAUUAGUCCAGGUGACUUUCACAUCAGCUGUACUGAGGUGUGCUCUUCUGUCUCGACUCAAAGAGGGGAACUCAGGAUACAGGGUUACAUCUAGAUCAGUAUUAUAUGAAGUCUGUUACAGAUCGUGCUGCAUGAUGUAGAAAUCUUAAACGCAGUUGUUUUAAUAGAUAUUUUGAUAUGAUUUAAGUUUAGUGGCAAUUAUAAAUUUAAUAUUCACAAAAAGUAGAGUAGAUCCAUGAGGAUGUGACAUUUGUUGGGAUUCAGAGAAACAUUUUGAGGCAAGGGCAUCUCUGCGGCAAUUCAGAACUUUAUUUUGAAGCCGUUUUGUUACAUUUGACCUUCAUCCCAAAAAAAUGCUGCUUCAGCGAUUUGGAUUCAGUAACUUGGACAUUUGGGUUGCUGUCAGUAUUUUGAUUCCUUACACAGCAGCCCUGGUUACAGAUGUGGAAAAUCAUUCCUUCAUUGAUUACACAGACACAGUUUGUGCAGCUACAUCUCAUCUCAAUGACAUCACACAAAAACAAAAGCUUCUAUCGUGUGUGUGUGUGUGUGUGUGUGUAUAUAUUAUUAUCACACAAAGCCGUUCAACAUCUGUUUACAGUGAGGCCGUGUGAGCUUGCAGAAGUUGUUCACGUUUCUUUUUGAACCACAUGGCAUCACCUACAUGUCGAGAACACUAUUUGACAGUAUUAUCAUUUAUUGACUGCGCUGCUGCGGAGUAUUUAGAAGUAAGUAUUUGCUCACUUCUAUGCAGGAUGUUUCUGUUUUAUAAUCAAUGAAUAUGGAUCUAUUGAUAAAUACCGAGUUAUGCAAUGUGCCAGUGACAUUUUAUUAACUCUGAAAGCUAGUUAAUAAAAAAAAGCACUCUUGA